CACUGAGGUGGCAUUCUUUCAUACCAAGAUGGGUCAUGUUUUAGAUUAUCUCUACAGCUAUUAUGACUAUGAAUUUAAUGAUACAGUGAUUCCAACAUCAGUCACUGCAAUGAAGGAGCAACCUUUCUCCCCAUUUCACAUCUAUCUCCCCACAUUUUAUUUCAUCAUGUUCUUUGCUGGAUUCACUGGGAACCUGUUCGUCAUCAUAGUUAUUGGUAACAGACACAAGAAGAAUGCACGUUUGGUAGACACAUUUGUGCUGAACCUUGCUGUGGCAGACCUGGUGUUUGUCUUCACUCUGCCUCUAUGGGCUAUCUCAGCUUGGCAACAUGACAAAUGGCCCUUUGGGGAGCUGCUGUGCAAAAUUAGCAGCUAUGUCAUUGCAGUCAACCGCUUUUCCAACAUUUUCUUUCUCACAUGCAUGAGUGUGGAUCGAUACCUUGCCAUUGUGCGCCUCAUGGACUCCAACUUUCUCCGGAGCAGCAAAUGUAUACAUCUCACUUGUGGAGCUGUAUGGGGAGUAUCUCUGUUCCUGGGUACACCAUCACUGGUUUAUCGCAAGUUGAAUGCUGAAAAUGGCUCUUGUAUAGAUUACAUGGACUCCUCAUUUUUCCAAGGUAUGAUUCUACUGACAGUAUUUCUGACUUUUGUGCUACCUGUGUUCAUUAUUCUCUUGUCUUAUGGCUCAAUCGUGGUUCGACUGCAGCACCACUGCGUCACUGCUGGAAAUUCACAUGCUGAAGCCAGAUGCCGCCACUCUUUAAAAAUUGUUUUCACCAUCAUUAUAGUCUUUCUGGUAUCUUGGUUACCCUACAAUGUAUUAAGAACAACUCAAGUCAUAUGCAAAAUCAGAAAUGAUAAGCUGGAUGAUGACACCUACACAUAUUUGGCUCAAGGGCUGAUCAUAUCUUCCUGCAUGGCCUUUUUGAACAGUUGUCUGAAUCCUGCUAUUUACUUAUUCCUGGAUAAGCAUUUCAGGCAUAGCGCAUCUGCACUGUUCAAGUUCUGCAUGGGCAAGGAUAUACAGUCAAGUUACAUGUCUUCUAAUUCAACUGCCUCAAAUGGUAUCUCAGACAACCUGGGAAGUGCUGCAAUCCGUGGCCUUCAAAAGAAAUGAUCUCCGCAUGUGUCAACAGGUUAUAACUUUACAUAAUUUAGCAUUAUUAAUAAAAACAUAAAUAUAUUACUAUGUAUUUUUAUAAUAUUAUUUUAUAUAUGCUUUAAUAAAUUCGAUUUUUUAAGGCAUAUAUAAAAUUAUAUAUAUCAUAUAUGUGUGUGUGUGUGUGUGUGUGUGUGU